AUGGCAGAUUUUGGACUGUUCGAUUACCAAGAGGAAGUAGUAGAAAGGGCACUGAAGAGGGAAAACAUCAUUAUUUGGCUGCCAACUGGUGGUGGGAAGACCCGAGCAGCGGUGUAUGUGGCCAAACGGCACCUGGAGACCACAGAAAACGCCAAAGUGGUAGUUUUAGUCAACAAGGUGCACCUAGUUGAUCAGCAUUACAACAAAGAGUUCGAGCCUCACCUGGGCAGCAUUUAUAAACUCAUAAAGGUCAGCGGAGUGAGUGAGGAGAAAGAUUUCUUCGGGAAAGUGGUGCAAAGGAACAAUUUGAUCAUCUGCACCGCACAGAUUCUGUAUAACGCUCUGAUUAACAAGGAGGAAGCCAAACAUGUGGAGCUCUCAGACAUCACUCUUCUGAUCAUCGACGAGUGCCACCACACUCACAAGGAGGCGGUUUACAACAAAGUGAUGCGAUGCUACGUGGAGAAAAAGCUCAAAGGAGAAGGCCGGCUGCCACAGAUUCUGGGUCUCACCGCAUCGCCGGGGACCGGAGGGGCAAAGAUCCUGGGGGAUGCUGUGGAGCAUGUACUGGAGAUUUGCGCCAACUUGGACUCGGCUAUAGUGUCGACCAAAAACUAUGAGCCGGAACUGAAGAAAAAGGUGCCCCGCCCCACCAAGACCUUCGACAUUGUGGAGAAAAGACAUGCUGAUCCACUCGGAGAUCAUCUGAAGUGGAUGAUGAAGCAGAUCCACGAGUUCAUGAACCUUCCUCGUGAUGUCAGGCUCAGAGAAUGUGGAACACAGGAGUAUGAAGCAGAUGUGGUGAUUUUAGAGCAACGAGGAGUUCGAGAAAACGACAGAUUGAUGGCACAGUGUGCACUCCACCUCAGACAGUACAAUGACGCUCUGCUCAUCAAUGACACCCUACGAAUGAUGGAUGCCUAUCGCUCCCUGGAGGAUUUCUAUGCUGAAAAGACAAAUGCAGCCAUGGAUGGAACAGACUUUUUCUUGUUGGGCCUUUUCGAAGAAAAUCAAGUGGAGUUGAGGAAUCUUGCAGCCGAUGCUUGUUUUGAGAACCCAAAUAUGGCCAAACUGGAGAGCGUCCUGCUGCAGCAGUUUGGUCCAAAUGUCAAAUCGAGAGGGAUCCUCUUUUCUAAGACCCGCAAAAGCACCCACUGUCUGUACGACUGGAUCCUCAAAAGCAGGGCCUUGCAGAGAGCAGGCAUCAAAGCAGCCAUCCUCACCGGCGCUGGGAACGGUAUCACUUACAUGACACAGAAUGAACAGGCAGACACCAUUCGCAGGUUUCGCCAGGGUGAUCUCAACCUCCUGAUCUCAACCAGCGUGGCUGAAGAAGGCCUCGACAUCCCAGAGUGCAACCUGGUGGUGCGCUACGGACUGCUCACGAAUGAGAUUGCUCAGCAGCAAGCGAGCGGCCGGGCCAGAGCCGUGAACAGCCAGUACUCGGUGGUUGCUCGGGCAGGUGGAAAGGAGGUCCGGCGGGAACACAUCAAUGAACAUCUGGAGGAGCUGACUGCAGAGGCCAUCGCCGUGGUGCAGAAAAUGACUCCGCAAAAUUUUCGCAGGAAGAUAUUAGAGCUCCAAACUCAAGCUGCAAUCACCAACAAAAUUUUGGAGAGUAAAAAGAUGGAGAAGAGAGGUCGCUACGCUGCUUCCAGCAUCCGGUUGCUGUGUCGAAACUGUUUUCAGCCUGUGGCUUCUGGCAGCGACAUCAGACUUCUGGAAAAUGCUCAUUAUGUCAACAUUAAUCCAGACUUCAAGAACCACUUCAAAGUUGGCGGGAAGGUGAUGUUACCAAGAACCUUCGAGGACUGGGAGCCUGGCUGCAGAAUCAGCUGUAGUAACAGAAACUGCAAUAAGGAAUGGGGGUUUGAGAUGAAGUACAAGAAGGCUUUCUAUCUCCCCAAUAUGGCCAUCUCCAACUUUGCCCUGGAGACUCCGCAUGAAAGGCUGACUGUGAAGAAGUGGAAAGACGUUCCAUUUGCAGUUGAGGACUUCAACUUUGAGCAGUACUGCCUGGACCACUACCCUGACCUCUUUGAUUGAAACAGAUGGCCUCCACCUGGAUCAUCAUUCCACUUUUUUAUUUUGCUAAAACAUUUUAACUAGUGAUGCAUGAUGUUGACUUUUAAAAACCGAUACUGAUACCAAUAAUCAACCAAGAUUGUUUAAAUACUCGAGAAAAAAUAUUUGCAAAGUAAGAGUGUAUGGCUCUUCUGUAUUCCAACAAAUUUGCAGAACUUGUUUUACCUGCAAAUUAAUUGAACAACGGGUCGUACAAAAACCAUUAGCUUUUCCAGUCUCCCAUACAUCUCUGAAGGGAGAAAGUAUAGUAAAAAAUAAUGAGAACAAAUGUUAAGACUUUAACUUAAGUAAUGUAACCAGGGCAUUUUUUCAUUCAAAUAAUGAAGAAAUACUUUUACUCAAAGUUAAACAAAAAUACAGCUUUGUUUUAAAUUGGUGUGCAAAAUAAAUGGUUUCUCAUAGAAAUGAACUUAUCAAAAACACAGCCAUAGGCUUGGACGUCAUUGAAUUAAAAUAUGCUAAAAAAUACAUAAAUGUGAUUAAAUAAAACAGAAUAAAACAAAGUAAAUAAUUAAAAACAGUUACAGUUUAGUGAUUCAGUUUCCAGGCCCUUCGUAAUUUUAAGGGUUUCACAGAUAUAAGAACUUUGAAAAUUUAGAUCUUCGAAUGAACAUUUUACUGUGGAGCAGUGCAAUGUUUACUGAGAAGUUUACUGAAACGUUUUAGUUAUGUUACCCUGAAGUUCUUCAUUUAGGAAAGGUGAUGUAGGAACCUUUGUACGUCUUAUUUAUGUUCUCUGGGGGAAGUUUAAUAAAGAAGAACCCGUGAAAAGCUCCAAGUAGGUUCAGCUACCUGAACAGUUAUGGGGUUUCCGCCCUAACAAGAUGCAUUUUUGUUACAUCUCAGACAGUCUUGAUCUACUUUGGUUAAGUACAGACACACUUUGAACUUUUUUGCUAGAGCCCAAUCUGCUAUCUGUAGUCCAUGUGUCAGUGGAGGGAUGUGUUUGUGUGUGUAUGAGUGUACGCCCUUAAAGAAGCCCCUCCCUUACAACGGUUAGCUCAGUGAUGGACAGAUGGACCAACGCGCCAUCUUUGUGGUGCAUGCUGUAUCUGUCCUGCUGCUACGCUAGCACCAUUAAGCAGUACUGAUGAUGCUGAAACUUUUUGGAUGACCAGACAACUUGUAACACAAGUAAAUACUUUUCCGGAAGCGUCGGCAGUUAAAGCGUUUGAUUAUCGGUCCAUUUUAUCAGCAAAUUUUUUUCUUCUUGGAAUUAUCGGUGUGACGUCAUAAUGUCCAAUAUCGGCCGAUAACUAUCGUGCAACCCUAAUUUUAAUCGUCAUUGUAUAUAAAAGGAUGCUUUCUUAGUUAUUGAACUUCACUUGUGUCGAGCCUUAUUUAUGCUAACAGGCCAAUGAAUUUAUUGUCUUUUAUACCAUAGUACCAUCAAUUCUGAUUGGCUGCAGGAUGUCCAUAAGAAAAUAUCUCUGUCCUUCAAAUGUCUCUAUGAUGGACAUGCUUGUAUCUCUUUCACAUUUUUGCCAUCAAUGACAAUGUUGCCUUUAAUUCGAAAUAGUUUGUUGCCUGUCUUUCUGUCUUGCUUACCUUAUUACUUGAUACUGGGUUAAUAUGUGUUUAUGUCAUUGACUGUCCAUGAGAACUGGACAGAAUAUCUUUAUAUAUGUCAAUGGUUUAAACAUCAGUUUAUUGUUGAUUAAUACAAUAAAUUGUCUAAUGAUUGAA